AUGUCUGAAAUUCAAAACAAAGCUGAAACUGCCGCCCAAGAUGCCCAACAAAAGUUGGAAGAAACCAAAGAAACAUUACAAAAUAAGGGCCAAGAAGUAAAGGAACAAGCUGAAGCUUCCUUGGAUAACUUGAAGAACGAAGCCACUCCAGAAGCUGAGCAAGUAAAGAAGGAAGAACAAAACAUUGUUGACAAUGUCGAGCAAAAGAAGGCUGAGGUCGCUGACAAGGUCGAAGAGACCAAGAAACAAGCAACUGCUGCUGUCAAUGAGAAGAAGGAAAAUAAGAAAGAAGGUGGUUUCUUGAAGAAAUUGAACCGUAAAAUUGCCUCUAUUUUCAAUUAA